AUGCCUAUGCUUUUGCUGUUUGAUCAUAGCAACUAUGGGGGCAAAACUGAAACAACAAGAUCCUUUUUCAUUUCUACAGACUUUUCUUUUGCUGGUAUUGCUGUUGAUGGUCACUUACUCUGUAGAUUUGAUAUGGCGAUGAGAAAUCUGAAAAUAAAGACAUCAACAUGCAAACGUAUAGCGAAGGAGCUCCAUUCCUAUGAGAAAGAGGUGGAGAGUGAAGCUGCCAAGGUUGCUGAAAUGAAGGAUAAGGGCGCUGACCCCUAUGAUCUCAAACAACAGGAAAACGUUCUUGCUGAAUCUAGGAUGAUGGUUCCUGAUUGUCACAAACGGCUUGAAGCUGCACUGGCUGACCUAAAAUCAGUUCUGGUCGAGUUGGAAGAGUCAAACCAAGCCGAAGGUGCUGAAAUCGAAGAAGCACGGAAAGUGAGGAUUAUGAUGGAUUUGGAAAGCUCCAACAAUCAGCAUAUGAUCCUCAACUCCAUGGAGGAUCGAGCUUUCGACGAAUUAUUCCAACCAAAACCUUCAUUUCAAGAGGAGGGUUUGUGUUUUUCUUCUUCUUAUAAUACACAUUCAGGCACCACACCAAAAGAUCCUCCUCAUCAUCAUCAUCAUUAUCAGCAGCAGCAGCUUAUGAAUUCUAGUACUAAUUUUAUUAUUCCAUAUGAACACAACCAUAUGAAUAAUGCGAUGCUGAUGAAUAUGGGUCAACCGCCAGACAUGGUGAUGGGUCAAAAACUACAGCCACCAUCUGCUCCCAUGAUUUCAUCUUCAUCAUCCUCAUCAAUAACUGUUUCGUCUACACCUCAAAUCAUUUCUUUUGGGAACCCGUCCAUUACUUCUGAUCAUGAUCACACCUUCUACUAUGCAUACAAUUCAAAGAAAAUCUUUGAUUCGCCGCCGGAUACCGAUGAUCCAGCUGGUUACAACUGGAGCAGCAGCAACACAAGUCCGACCAGGAAGAAUUCCCAGCAAGCUCAAUGUCAUGUUGAGGCAGAGCGAAAACGCAGGGAAAAACUGAGUGCCCUCUUCGUUUCCCUUACUAAGGUCGUCCCAGGACUUAGAAAGCUGGACAAAAUUUCCGUCCUGGAAGAUGCAAUAAAGCACAUGAUUGAGCUUCAAGAAAGAUUGAAGGUGCUAGAGGAGGAAAUAAAGAAAAACACCAAAAUCAUUCUUGAUGUUGAUGUUGAUGAUGAUGAAGAAGAUCACGAUGAUCAUCCUAUGGCAGAAGAAUUCAAGGGCAUCAAUAUCCCGACUGACCAUCAUCAACAGAAAGAAGAGUCAAUGCAUGAUAUCAAGGUCAAAAUGUCGGGUGAAAAUGUGCUCAUAAAAAUCUUGUGUCACAAGAGAUAUUAUGGAUGCUUAUUGAACCUGUCAAAUGCGCUCCAUAAACUCCAUCUCACCCUCCUAGACACCAGAGUUCUUCUCUUUGGAGGUUGCGCCCUUGAUAUUACCUUUGUAGCUCAGAUGGAAAGCCAUUUCUCUAGCACGGUAAGCGGCAUCAUAAAACAUCUACAAAACGCUAUGUUCCAAUCCCGCAAAUGA